UAUUAAACUUUUUGAAACAGGGACAGAGCGACCUUUGCCCCGCUUCUAGUCAGGAAAAACAAGAGGAGUAUAAAUAGGAGGAGCCGUGUGUGAGCGGGUUGUUUUUGUCUAGAACCAGCUCAGAAAAUAUCGCUGCUGAAGACUCUCAAGUAAAACAAGUUAGUGGGUCUGUUGUUUGGAGUCAUGUGGAAGGCACUCAGCCUUACCCUGGCUCUCUGCCUGCUGGCGGGCUGCAGUGCAGAGAGCGAAACAGAGGGAGCCCGCUGUAAACUUCCUCCCGUGUGGAAGGUCGGGGAGGAGGAGCCCAUGAAGGACGCUCUUGGACAAGUGACAGUGGUGGCUUUCCUCCAGGCCAGCUGAUUGUUCUGCUUGGAGCAAGCCUCGAAGUUCUAUGACUUGCUCUUGAAGUUGGAGAACCAAGGUUAUGUAAAUAUAACCUACAUGGUGGUAAACAACCGAGAUGAAAGGUCCCAGCGGCUGCACCACUUGCUCAAAGAAAGACUGAUGAACAUCACCCUUUACGCCCAAGACCUCAGUCAGCCAGAUGUUUGGCAGGCAGUAAACGCUGAGAAGGAUGACAUCUUGGUCUACGACAGGUGUGGCCGACUCACCUACCAUGUGUCUCUUCCCUACACCAUCCUGAGCCACCCACAUGUGGAGGAGGCCAUAAGACAUACUUAUUGCGAUGGUAUUUGUGGAGAAUGCAGCACUGAGAGUUCACUGCAACUUGAACAGUGCAAGAAAUCCACAGAUGAGAACAAACCAGCAGAGGAAGAACAGCAUCACAAUCGCGAGCAUCACGGUCAUCACGGGCACGGUCAUGAAGGGCAUCACCCCGACGGCGUGGAGAGGCACAGGCAUGGUGGCUCCCAUCAUCACCACCACCAUCACCACCACCACCACCACGGCCAGCAACAGGUUGACGUGGGUCAGGAGAUCCUGGCCCAGGUUGACUUUGGUCAGGCAGCUGUUCAGCUACCAGUCGUGAAACGCCCCUGAGCUAAGCACAAUAGGUGAAAAGUGCAGUACAGCUGACAGGAGGGUGCAGACGCUCCUGCCACCAGCUGAUGCUGACACUGACGACAGCUCUUUGGUGACAGCAAUGGGCGUGUGGCCGGCCUCUGACACUGUGAGGGGGCUCUUCCAGCCUCCUGACGGUGACACGGCCUGCAGGACGACAACCAUGUCAGGGAAACCUGACAGUGACGUCCCGCCCCAACACAUGAAUGAGAGCUGUCACCAAAAGCCUGAGCUUGACCAGCAGGGGACGCGAGUUGAGUAUGACAGGAGAAGUAAACAGGGCCGUUGGCUUUGUAAACAAUCUUGUCUGCUCAUCUAUAGCUUCACGUAAACAUCAGUGAACCCGGCACUGCUGGUCAACCCUCUCGUAUUAACCUUACCAACUAGUAUUUACACCUCAGCGUGUGCCAGCACUGGACCAGAGCAUCCCAUUUGGGACAAUUUGCAAAUUGGUUAUAGUUUAAAAAGAUAGUAAAUGACAACAUCUAGACUUAUUUUGGAUGUUUUUUGGUUAAUAUUACAAAUUUUAAUGGGUCCAGUGUCUGUUUGCUUCUGAGAGAGUGUUAGGUUCAUCAUGUUAGUGUCUUUUCACCUCUAGAUGCUUUUUGUGGCUUUUAUGAAGGCAGGUGCGGAAACUAUGAACUAGUGGUGCCUGUUUGAUGUUAGGCCACUUAGAGCAGAGGGCAAAGGUCAUGUAACAUCCUGUAACCCUUGCUAUACCCAUUCAAAGCUAUAUACUGUAUGAAAAUUUGGGGUAUUAAAAUCUAUCUUUUUUUUUCCCACUGUUCUGGUAUUCAGAAAGACGUUUUAGUUUUGCCGUGUGGAGAUGGAGGUGGUAAAGUA